AUGCCGUGCCCCCCUCGCGAGGAGGACGAGGUGACGUCCAUCCGGGCCAUCUACGAGGGCGCCGUGGAGGAGCUGCCGCUGCGCGGGGCCUCCGACAGCACCGCCGAGGACGAGCUGUCCGGGUCCUCCGAGGGGGAGGCGGAGGAGCACGCCGCCCCGCGGCCGGCGCCGAGGCCCUCGACGCCGGUCCGGCGAUACAGGGUCAACCUCGGCCCCACAGCGCAGCUGGAGGUGCAGUACGGUCGCCUGUACCCGCUGGAGACGCCCGCGCUGCUGCUCCAGAAGGUGGACGGCCUGCCCCAGGCGGCCGUGGAGCAGAUGCACCGCCUCGUGCGCGAGGAGCUGCAGCAGAGUGCCGGCAGGGAGUGCGUGUUCCAGAUCUGCAACGCGAUCCGGGCGGGUGUGAAUUUCCUGCGGCAGCACGACGAUCCGCUGGCGGAGGUGGCCCUCCACGACCGCAUGCAGCAGCGCGUGGCCGAGGAGGAGGAGCAGGCGCGGCGGCGCGCGGCCGAAGCGGAGGAGCAGGCGAGGCGCCGCGCCGCGGAGGCGUGGGAGCGCCAGAAGCAGCUCGAGCGGGACCGCAACGCGCGCUACCAGCGGAUCCGCGAGGCCGCCGAGCGCGUCGGCGACGCGGGCCGGCGCGGAACCCUGGAGCACCCGGCGAGCCCGGAGCUGCGGCCGCUGUGCGCCCCGGACUUGCGGCAGCCGCCGGCGGCGCUGCCAGGGCGAGGGGCCCUGGACGACGACGAGGCCUCCGUGCUCCUCUCCCGCCGCUUCCACGACCUGGCCCCCGGGCGCGGCGGUGGCAGCGACGGCCCGGUGGAGUUCUCCCUGCGCGAGGGCUCCUCCGGGGGCAUCGUCUUCGAGGAGCUGGGCUUCCUGGGCCGCGGCGGCUUCGGAUCGGUCACCAAGGUGCGGCACAGGGUCGACCGGCAGCUCUACGCGAUCAAGCGCAUCGAGCUCACCGGCUCCCAGGGCAGCAGGGAGCAGAUCCUCAAGGAGUGCGCGACGCUCCCGCGGCUGACCCACCUGCACAUCGUGAGGUACUAUCAGGCGUGGAAGGAGGUUGAGGUCGAGGGCUCGGAGGCGCAGGCGCCGAGUCACCCGACCGCGAAGAACGCGGGCGCGUCGACCAAGAUGCGCCGCGUCAAGUCCCUCGCCAGCACACCGCACCCACAGGACGGCGACGACUGGCUUUCCAUGGCAGGCUGCACGCCGCAUUGCUCCAAGAGCCCGUCCCCUGGCCAGGCGCGCUCGCCCUCCCGCGAGUUCCUGUACAUCCAGAUGGAGUUCUGCGACGGCACGACCCUGAGGGAGGCCAUCGAUCGCGGCGUGCUGCACCAGGACGAGGCCGCGAUCUGGAAGCUCUUCCGCCAGGUGCUCGACGCGCUCGCCUACGUGCACUCCAAGAAGCUCAUACACCGGGACCUGAAGCCCGCGAACGUGUUCCUGUCGAGCGAGGGAGGGGGCCACGUGAAGCUGGGGGACUUCG